GCGGGCGGGGAUGGGGAUAGUACAUAUGCUGCUCAAACGAAUGAGUAAAGAGUGUGGCUUUCAUCAUCCAGAAGAUCGCAGAGAGAUGUGGUGAUAUUUUACGCGCUCGUAUGAGCUCUUAAGAAGGACGUAGUUGGCGGAAAAGGGUGGAAAUCUACUCGACGAGCACUGAGAAGAAGGUUCUUCUAGAAUCACCAUGAGCUGGAGCUUUCUUACACGUCUGUUGGAUGAGAUCUCCAACCACUCAACCUUUGUGGGCAAGAUCUGGCUCACGCUAUUCAUCAUCUUCCGCAUCGUCUUGACCGUAGUUGGGGGAGAAUCGAUAUACUACGAUGAACAGAGCAAAUUUGUUUGCAACACCCAGCAACCUGGAUGUGAGAAUGUCUGCUACGAUGCGUUUGCACCCCUCUCUCAUGUCCGGUUCUGGGUUUUUCAGAUUAUCAUGAUUACCACCCCCACUAUUAUGUAUCUUGGCUUUGCUAUGCACAAGAUUGCUCGCAAGGCGGAUGAUGAGUACAAACCACGGAAUAGGAAACGCAUGCCAAUGGUCAAUCGUGGAGCCAACCAUGAUUACGAGGAGGCAGAGGACAACGGUGAGGAAGACCCGAUGAUGUCAGUGGAGAUCUUACCAGAGAAAGAAAAGGCACCCGAGAAGCCUGCCGUUAAACACGAUGGACGGCGGAGAAUUAAACGUGACGGGCUCAUGAAGGUGUACAUACUACAGCUCCUUUCGCGGAUUAUUUUUGAAGUGGGUUUUCUCUUCGGCCAGUACAUCCUGUACGGUUUUGAGGUUGCCCCGUCGUACGUGUGCACACGCAGCCCCUGCCCGCACACUGUGGAUUGCUUUGUGUCACGUCCUACGGAAAAAACCAUCUUCCUGCUGAUCAUGUAUGCUGUGAGUUGUCUCUGCUUGUCUCUCACGAUGCUGGAGGUUCUUCAUUUGGGCAUCAGUGGAAUCCAUGAGGCUUUCCGGCGACGCGCACAACAUCACAUUGUUGCACGCCCACGCGGCACCAUGUGCAGACGGGUGCCCACAGCCCCACCUGGGUACCACACUGCCCUGAAGAAGGAAAAAUUGUCCAUUGGAAUGAAACCAGAGUAUAACUUGGACUCGGCUCGGGAGUCUUUUGGUGAUGCCACAACAUCACGGGAAAUUGAUCGCCUGCAUAGACAUCUAAAACUUGCUCAGCAACACCUGGAUCAGGCCUAUCAGAAUGGAGAGAGCAGUCCUUCACGUAGCAGCAGCCCAGAGUCCAACGGCACUGCUGUCGAGCAGAAUAGACUCAACUUUGCUCAGGAGAAGCAAGGAAGCACAUGUGAAAAAGGGAUCCGUGCUUGAGUGAGGACAUGGACCAUCAUCUGCUUUCUUGUAAAUAUAAGCACCCCACCUGUGGUUGGCAUUGCUCAUCUGGGAAAGUGGACAGAGUCUACGUGUGUGUGUUUGUGCAUUAUGUUUGGCUGCUCUGAAAAGUUUGUGAAGCAACUUGAGACUGAUGAGCAUGAAUGUUCGUGCACACUGGUGAAUUAGUGAGAACAUGCCGGGCAGUAUUAUGGCAAGCGAACAGCAAGUUAAAAUCUCAAAGUAGCUUCUCACCAGCCAGUUAUACUUGAUCUCACCAGCCAGUCUGCCUGAUACUCCAAAGUGCCCAAAAUAUUUCAAGCUUUAAGAACUCCUAGGUGACUGUGCAAUGUCUCCAGUUCCUAUCACUUCAUCUCUUGUGUUUUUUUGUUUUUUUUGGGGGGGGGGGGGGGGGUUAUUGGUGGUGUAUGUUUUUAUUUCAUAGGAAAAAAGUGGUUCUUCCAUUUGUUUACCACACUUCUUAUGAAGUGCCAAGGGUUGCAUCUCAGAAAUGCCUUAAAUCUUAAAACUGGAGUUUACAUAUUAUCUUUGUCAUUCCAAAAUGAGAUGGACGAGCCAGUGUAAAACCACGUAAGAAAUGUAGUUUAGCCUGUUGUUGUUCAGAACAGUUCUGUGUACUUCAGUAGUGGACCACAAUUAGUGUACGUUUGUGGACUGGACAGAGCUCCUGCCAUUAAAGGAAUGGUUCACCCUAAAAUGAAAAUUAUGCCAAUAAUCACCCUCAUGGUUCCAAACCUGCAUCACUUUCUUCCAUGGAACACAAAAAGAGAUGUUCUGCAGAAUUUUUGCCUCUUUCCCCAUUCACUUUCAUUGGAAAAAAGAUGCCGUGAGUGUUGACGGAGGCUAGAAUUCUGCCUAAAAUGUCAUUUUGUGUUCCAUUGGGGAAAAAAAACACUUGGGUUUGGAAUGACAUGAUAGUGACUUAAAAAAGGAUGGAAUUUUAAAUCUUUGAGAGUACUGAAUACUUGGUGCCAUCUGUGUUUGGCUUGUGCAUUUGGAUCUCCUAAACGGAGUGCUAAUUUAGCUGUAUUAACUGGAUGGCAGUAUACUGGAAAGGCCUGUGGUACUAGCAGCUGCAGUCUCUCUCUGUUUUUAUGACUGAGUAUUGUCACAUCUGGAACUUUUAAAUCAUUUCUUGAUGCUUUUUGUCCAUAUGAACAAAAUGGAAACCUGGAAAAUGCUUGAAUACUUGAAACUUAAUUAUUAUCCUACAAAGAGUCUUUUGAUAUCUUGUUUGCAUAUUGUGUACAUUAGUUUUAUAUGAGAAGUGUUUUGCUGACUGUACCACACUAUUUUGAGAACUUCUCUGUAAACUACAAUAGUUUAAGUCUUCUGUUACUUUUUUUUGUUGUUGUUGUUGUUUACUGCUUUGUUACAUUUUCUGAAGCCUCCUGUUUCUGUUUGACCAACUGUUUGAGAGGUACACCCAAUAUUUGGAGAAUAUAAACAUUUAUUGUGUCUUAAUACAAUUGAAGGCACUAGUAAAGAAUGUUUCAAUUAAUUCAAAACAUUCAUUUUUAUGUUCAUUUUCUCCAUUUCUAAAUGCUAAUCAUACCAUCUUAAAUGUCUUUUUAGAUCAUAUAACAAUUUCAGUGUGUAUUUUUGCCUCCCUAUGCAAAAUCAAAUCAUAAGUUGGUUCAAAAGCAGCUUUCUGUUUGUAAAUGCAAUAAGAUCUAGAAACUGAAAGCCAUAGAGCCUAAUAUUUUAUACAUGAUUAAGUAAAUAAACAAUGCAAUCCGUGAUCUUUCCACAACCAGGUUUUCCACCUUUUUUUGAAACUUUACGGCAUCAUCUGAUUUUUUUUGUUUUGUUUUUUUUUUGUAAAAAAACAAACAAAAAAAAAGUAUUUUGUGAUAUAUUGAAAUAAACCUUUGAAAUACAA